AUAAUUCUUUCGAUAACCGAUGUUUAAAAGUUUGUACCUUUUUUAAAAUAUCUUUAUAGAUAGUAACAGUUGAUACGUACAGGUCCAAUAUUCAAGUAAUAAUUUUGUAAGGUAGAACAAUGACUCCACUUUCGUUUCUCUCUGUCCUACUAGUUUUUCUGCCUUUCGUUUACCUUCAAGAAUAUCGUUUACCAAAAACUGUAGUACCGUCACAUUAUGCAUUGUCCUUCACGUUUAAUCGACAAGUAUUUGCUGGAACUAUAUUCGAGUUCAGUGGAUCGACAGUUAUUACAAUAAAAACGUCAGAAAGUGUAGCCAACAUUCAAUUGCAUGCAGAUCCGUCGUUUCUUCGUAUUGGAGCCAUAAGUUUGGACCAGGGUGGCGAAAUUGAUAGCUACAAUGUGGAUGCCGUUACUCAAAUUUUAACAAUAACUACUAAAGCAGCUCUAAAUCCCGAAAUCGAAUAUAAGCUAACCAUAACCUAUAGAGCGGACAUAAGUACCAAAGAAAUGAUAGGACUUUAUCAAAGUACCUAUCAAGAUGCCAAUCAAGCUACAAAUUAUCUAGUGGCUACCCAACUGGAGCCUACCUACGCUAGAAGAGUCUUUCCUUGUUUUGAUGAGCCGUCGUUUAAAGCAACUUUUCAAGUCAGUUUCACCCUUGGACCUAAUAUCACCCCAAGGACAAAUACUAAGCUUGAAUCAUCCAAUCAGAUGACACCAAGCAUCCUUCAAUAUACCUUUGUAACUACUCCAGUCAUGUCAACAUACUUGCUGUCUUUUGUUAUAUCAAAUUUAGACUGCACCGAUGCUGCUACCAUCAACGGAGUACAGAAUUCUGUUUGCUCUAGACCAGGUACUGAGAACUUAAGAGACUGGGCUGUGAAUAUUGCUCCAAAAAUUCUUGCAAGUCUUGGAGAGUACACUAAGUUGGAUUAUAACUUGGCGAUGAACAAAAUGGAUUAUGUAGCGAUUCCUGAUUUUUCUGUUGAAGCUAUGGAGAAUUGGGGGCUUUCCACUUAUAGGGAACAAAGUUUACUAUACGAUCCUGAACAUUCAACCAAUAUCGACAAACAAAAUGUAGCUACACUCCUCGCCCAUGAAAUAGCUCAUCAGUGGUUUGGCAACCUGGUAACUUGCAACUGGUGGUCAGAAACAUUCUUAAAUGAAGCUUUUGGUGACUACUUUGAGUACUUUGCUGCACAUAUGAUCCUACCUGCUUGGCAACUGGACAAACAGCAUGUUGUCAACAACGUCCAGAAGGCACUGAGGGCCGAUGAAGGGAACCUACCAGCGCUCCAGAGCACUGUAUCCUCUCCUGUAGAGAUUUUAGGAAGAUUUAAUGUGGUUUCCUAUACUAAAGGAAGCAGUAUUCUGCGAAUGGUAGAACAUAUUUUGGGUUCAGAAAACUUCAAGGAUGGGAUAUACCAUUAUCUCAACAGUCACAAAUUUAAAAGUACUACGUCAAGCGAUUUGUGGAGAGGUUUCCAAGCGUAUUUAGACAAUUCCUAUUCCAUUUUACCAAACUAUCUAAAUUUGGGAGCCGUGAUGAACAAUUGGGUAGUACAAUCAGGAUUUCCGUUAGUGACGGUUACAGUUAGCGAGGGAAAUGUGCAGAUAGAACAAAGAAGAUUUGGUGAUAACGGAACUGACGACAAUUCUAAAUGGUAUGUUCCUAUUACCUUCAUCACUUCUGGCUCAUCUGGAGUUCCUUCUACUCGUCCAAGCUAUUGGUUAACUCCUGAAAAUAACGUAGCCUUUCAAUUACCGCAAGGUGCCGAGUGGAUUAUUGUUAACAAUCUUCAAACAGGAUACUAUAGGGUUAAUUACGAUACCGCUACCUGGAAUAAGAUUGAAGAAGUAUUCAAAAGCAAUAAUUUCGGCAGCAUCAAUGAAAUUACUAGAGCACAGAUAGUAGAUGACUUGUUCAGUCUUGCCAACAUAGGAGAAAUAAGUUAUUCGAGGGUUUUGAAGUUUUUGGAGUUCCUGUCUGAAGAAACAUCGUAUUUUACAUGGACGUCAGCUUUUAAUGGUUUUCAAUUUCUCUUUAACAGACUUCAGAAUCAGUCCAAUUUAACCGAGACUGUUACGAGUAAUGUUUUGUCUCUCAUGGAUAAAUUGUACAAAUCUACACCAUUUGAUGUUAUAGAUGACGAUAACCAAGUUUUCACUCUUAAAAAAAUGUUGACACUUAGUUGGGCUUGCCAAUUGGGCCAUCCUGAGUGUCUCGUCAUGUCACGUGCUUCAUUCUUAUCCUAUAAAUUGAGUGGAGUAAAACCACAAAAGAACUUGCGCAGUACAAUAUAUUGUACAGCUCUGCAGACAAGCUCAGAAAGAGAAAAUUGGGACUUUUUGCUUAAGGUUCAUAACGAAGCCGACCUUGACUCUGAGCGCCCUCUUUUGCUCAAAUCUUUAGCUUGUACACAAAAUAAAGAGCUUCUACAAGAAUUGUUGUUGUUGACUAUUGCUGACGAUUCUCCGAUUGCUCGAGAAGAUUGUAUAACAGUUCUGGGUAGUGUUGCUGCUAAUUCAAACGGAGCUGAACAAGCGUUUGAUUUUGUAAUUAAUAACUACGAUAAUAUAACUCAAAGGUACCAAGCUACGAAUACAAUAGCGAAUAUUUUGGAAAUAAUCGGUGGUGCUAUUACAACUGAAGAACAAGUGGACAAGUUCCGAUCUUUCAUCAAUGGUGGUCAAUUACCAAAAGACUAUGUUAACGAUGGCGAAAGAGCACUGGAAAUUGCACAGAAAAACCUUAACUGGUCGGAAAAACACGAAAAAGAUCUAAUUAAUCAUUACUAUCCAGAGUCAAAGGAACCAGACGAACCUCAACCAUAUACAGGAGAGGGAGUUUCUAUAGGUUCGAAUGGUUUGAUCAUUGGUUUUAUAGUAUCAUAUUUAUUAUUGUAAUUUUUAAUUUAAAAAAUUAAAAUUAUUAGGAGUUAAUUGAAUAAAAAAUUUAUUAUAAAA